AUGAACAAAGAGAAGAAAGAGUCAAAGUCAACCAUCUCCAUUCCCAUGGUCAAAACCCAUGAAAAUGAAGUCAAUGAAAUGGAAAGAAUUAUAAGCUGUGUGGAUCACUAUGAAACACUAGGGUUGACUCGAUAUGAUAAGAAUGAUGCUAUCUUGUUGAAGAAAGAAUACAAGAAAAAGGCCAUGCUAGUGCACCCUGAUAAAAACAUGGGAAACCCAUUGGCAAGUGAAUCAUUUAAGAAAGUUCAAUUUGCAUAUGAGAUUCUUUCUGAUUCUAUAAAGAAAAGGGACUAUGAUGAUCACUUGAGAAACCAAGAUUCAAAAACUUUGUUUCACAAAUCUGCUAGUUCAUCUCGUCAAGCGACUAGUGAUUACUUUUCUGAUGAAUCAAGACGUAUACAUUGCACAAAAUGUGACCUAAUGCAUAUAUGGGAUUGUAGUCAAUAUCAUCAAGCCAAGGAUGGAGAUGGAUGGGUUUAG